AGAGAGAGACUGAGACUCUGACAAGCGUUCAACACAAACGGAAUGUCUCCUGGUUGCUGCUUUCGGGUGGCCGUGUGCACUUUGCAGGCUUUAAAAAAAAAUUGUAGCACCCGUUGGACUUGUUUGGAUUUAUGAAUGAAGAAAAGGCACGAAGUAGUACAGCGCAGUAGUACUCAGUCCACUUUGAGUAGAGAGACACAGGAGCUUGGAAGCGAAAGUCCCAAAUGAAAGUCACUUGAGCGUGCGAGCUUCGUUUGUUAUUUAAUUCUAGAAUAAUAUCGUCUUUUUCCCCCUCUAAACAAGACGGUUUCGAUGUGAUUUUGACACCCGAAAGUGGCGAGAGUGGUUUAAGAAUUUUGAAGCGUUCUGGAUGAAGCCGGUACAGAGAAGAGGCUGCCAUGGAAGGUUCUGAAAUCCGACUGUGGACACUGUCAGCUGGGAUGCGGAGUGCACUUGAGCCGUGCCUUUUGACACCAUGAGAACGAAGACAGCUAAAGAGCACGUGACUGCUUGAGUAUCCACCACGAUGUCCUCUUCCUCAUCCGCAAGGAAGCUGACUCCGUGCGAGGCCCUGACCUUUGUCCUGCUGCUCGUCGCUCCCGCCUGCCUGUCGUCUCUGCAGAGCGCUCAGGCUUCUUGGGCUUCUGCGUGGGAUCCUUAUAGUGAAGGCUUGUUGGGCCGUCCUGCACGAACCCGACGCCAGCUGCACUUUAGGAACGAAUGGGCAAGCUGGAGCGGCUGGUCCGUGUGCUCACGAACUUGUGGGACCGGUGCUGCUGUACGUACACGAACCUGCAUCACCAGAAACCCACUGGGCGGACCCUGUGGAGGUGAUCCCAGACAAUACAAGAUCUGCAACACCAAGGAGUGUCCUCCUGGAUCACAAGAGUUCCGAGAGAUGCAGUGUGCCGCUUUCAAUGAGAAACAGUUGGUGACAGGAAACUCCUUCAGAUGGACUACCUUUCAAGGAGGCUCCAACCCCUGUGAGCUCAACUGCCUGGCCUUGGGUCAUAACUUCUACUACAACUUUGGACGUGUGCUUGAUGGCACAGCCUGUGACAAAGUACCCGGUGCUGUGUGUGUCAACGGACGCUGUUUGAAGCCUGGCUGUGACUCCAUCUUGGGUUCAAAGGAGCAAGAGGAUGCCUGCAUGGUCUGUGGAGGGAAAAACACCACCUGCCUUCACCACAGGAGUGUUUACCAGAGCAAUGGCCUGGAGGCAGGUCCCUUUGGAUACAACGAAGUAACCAAGAUACCAGCUGGAGCCACUCACAUCCGAGUCACGGAUAACAGCAGGAAUUAUCUUGCUCUCCAGAAUGGUCACUCCCAGUUUGUCAUCAACGGUAACUGGAAGAUCAGUGUCCCGGGCGAGUACAAUAUAGCUGGAACCAAACUUCUAUACCGGCGCUCAGCUGACACCUGGGAGAGCUUUGAGGUCCCGGGGCCAACACGGGAAGACUUGCGUCUAAUGGUUCUUGCCACAGACAGAAACCCAGGCAUUGAGUAUGAGUACUGGUUACCACCAGACCAGUACGACCUCCACCAUGGGAAGAGGAGUCCACUGCGUCAGGCUCACCACAGUGCCAACUACCUCCCAUGGACGGUACCCAUCAUUGAAACCACCACCACCACAACCACCACCACUACCCGGCCUCCCCCAGUGAGCACCCGUCCCCACUGGUUUGUAAGGCCGCUGAAGCCACCGCGGCACCCUUCCCGCCAUCCCAUUUUGCCUCGUCUGGAACGAGACGAGAACCACAGAAACCUGCUGCCUCAACCCUCGCCUGGAAGGUAUUGUGGGAAAUGCCGCAGGGUUAAGGGUCGAAGAGAGCGCCAGAGGCAGUAUUGCCAGAAGGAUUUUAUUUUUCGGGCCAGAGUCUUGGGGAAGCUGUACAGAGGAGAGGAGACACGUUACGACGUCCAGAUCCUCCAUACGUACCGGAACAGCUUCCGCCUGGAGCACCGCGAGUUCCUUUGGGUCCCGAAUGUGUGUGACUGCCCCAACCUGGAGCAGGGCAAGCAGUAUAUACUGAUGGUGCGCCGACACAUUAACUAUGAGCAUACGCUCAACCGCAUCCUGCUGGAAGAGGAUAGUUACGUGGUACCGUACAGACCCAGAGAGGACGAGCUGGUGCGGCAACUGGAGUGGCUGUGCAACAAAAGAGGACCUCAAUAUCCUGCAGCAUGAACAUGGGAUGCGGCUCAACUUUAGCUUCUCUUGGACGUUCAAAACAAUCAUCAAUCCGAGGCCUGUUGAAUACCAGCGCGUCGUCCCCGAAGAGAAAUGACAAAAUGACCAGAUGAGACGCUCCAUAACAGGAAACCAAAGAGACAUGAGUUUAUUUUAAAAAAGCCUUCGUGGUUUACUAUUCUACAGAGCACUUUAGGUGGACAUCUGCCGCCACCUGUAAACACAUACCAAAGAGCAUUGACUGAAAUAGGCCCACGUCAUUGCUGAUUUUCUAAUCUUUAUUCACAAUAUUAUUAUUAUUAUUUUUUUUUUUGUCAACUUUAAAGAAAAAUCCACCAACAGCGGUAUGCUUUCAAUUGAUUCAAUUGGUUUUGAAUGUCCCCAAUGUCGGCCUUUAAUAAUCAUGCCCAGCCUCGUAAUAUAAACAGUCUGCUAUGGACGCUAAUUGGCUGUAAGCGGUCACAUGAUUUUUUUUCAGACGCCAUCUUGAAGUUCUUCGCUCGCUGUUGCUGCUGUCGAAUUCAAUUUGUUUUCGCGAAUCUUUCAUCAUCUUUCAUCUUUUUUUUUUUUAACAAAUACUGCGAAAAAUGGGCACAUGCUUGGCUGUAAGAUUAAGAUAUCACGCGCGAAGUGGCAAUGACUCGAAGCCCAUGACGAUAAGAGAUGGAAAGUACGAGUCAGUGCCUCACCAGAACGGUUGGAAACCGGACGACAACUCCUGCCUUUGUUUCUAAAUGUAUUAUCCUUUAUUCUCACUGAUGUCAGAAAGAAACACUGAAUAAAAUUCACUAGACAAAGCGUUAA